AUGGAUAUGAGGGAGGAGGCCCGGGUGCGAGCGGUCCGAUCACAUGACCAGCGGGUGAAGGACUGCGAGAGUCACGCCGACGAGACGAGAGAGCUCCAGAGAACGUUGUGCCACGCUCUGAAAAUGGAGCAGUUCCUUCAGGACAAGACCAAAGUCAGACAGCACGACGAGGGCUUUCUCAAAGCCGAGGAGAAGAGAGAGUUGCAGGAACGAGAGAGUAAGGUGGGGCAGCAGGUGCAACUUAAUGAUUAUGAGGUCGCGGCGGAGAAGAUUGGAGACAUUGUGGAGCGCAGGACCAAGAGGAGGACGAGGGGAUGUCAGCAGAAAGGCGUGGCAGCUGAGCGAUCCACUCCCCUGGAGGUUACUGAGGAUGUGGAGGAGAGGAGACGGUCCUUCCUGUGGGAGUCAGUCAGUAGGAGGCGCUCCACCCUGGUGGGACCCAUGUUCCGAGCUGCGGCGGGAGGUGGAGGGGAUGCCGAGCGCAAGGGGAGGAGGCUGACGGAGCACAGGAGGCGCUCCACCCUGCUUCUCGGGUUGUUUUCCGAGGAGCAGGAGAGGCUGAGGGAGCUGGCCCAGAGAGCCCUGAAGGGGGAGCCCCGGGGUCAGCACGCACGGCCAUCUGCCUUCGACGCUGAACUCUUCUACACAGUGUACAUGGAGAGGGAGGACGAAAACUUUGCCCUCUUCAAUUAUGUAUUGGAGCAGAGCAGAAUGAUUGAGGAGACAACCAAAGACUUGGAGCAGUUGAGACGAAGUAUUGAUGAAGAGAAAGCUGCCACUGAGAGACGUCUGAGCAGGGAGAGAGCCAGAGACCUAGAGCUGAAGCGCCAACAAGCCAUCCAGUCCUCUGGAAAACUCCAAACAGAUGUGGAAGAGUACAGGAGGAUCCUUAGCCUUGUCAAAUCAGGUGUGGAGGCCAUGGGGAUAGCAGCUGGGGUCCAGUCUCCUGGGAGUGUGAUUGGUGGAGAGUGGACACAUGACACGGUGACCAAGGCUGUCCUCAGUCUGCUGGGACAAACUGAACUACGGACGACAGACCUGAUGACAGCUCGCUACUACCAGAGACACAGGGAUUCAGAAAGGGCUGCCGGGAUUUCCAUCACCUCUGUUCUGGGGAUAUUCCCACACGUGGCGCUAAAUGUUCAUGUCCAGCCCCCAUCUACAAGCCUGCGUGCUGACACUGAGGAGGACCAUGAAGAGGAGGAGCUGAGGCCGCUGUCCCGGGAUGAGCUCCAGAAGACAGUGCUCACCAUGGUAGCUGGUAAGGAAGCCUGAUUCUUUGUGAUGUGUAUUUCGAUGGUGAGUCAGACCCCAGGACCAUGACAUCAUCAUGUGGAGGAGCUUUGAUAAUCACCCUACCAGGCAUCAAGAUCCACUACACUGCAAGAAAGAAUAUAUGUAGUAAAGUGAAUGGCAUCAGAUGUGCACCCUGUCAUAUGUGAUCAUUUGAAUUCCUUUGUUCAAUUCAAGUUUGUUUUUGGCUGAUGAGAAUACGAGCACUGGCUGUCCUUGACAC